GGGUAAACUAGAUUUAAUGAAGAAGAUGCUCAAAAAAUUUAAUCAAAAAAUUCCACCAGGAACUGCCCCAAUUGGCUACGGCCGGACAGAACCUCCUAUAUAAGGAGCUAAUUGAACACUUUAAGUUAGUUCAUGUACCUAUAAACGAAUGUGAUUUAUAGAGCGAGAGGAAUUUAGACUAGAAGAUAGGACAUUCUAUUAGGUACUCCCUCCGUUCCUAAAAAUUCUUCCCGGUUUGAAUUGGCACGCUUAUUAAGAAAGUGGAAUAAAGUGGAAAUGUGUGGUUGUGGUUGUGUGAGAAAAAGGUAAAAUGAAUGUGAGCCACACAAAUUGUCCAAAAAGGGAAAGUGGGAAGAAUUUUUGGGAACGGCCCAAAAAGGAAAGUGGGAAGUAUUUUUGGGAACGGAGGGAGUAUUAUUUUCCAAAUCAGAUUUUGAGCUUGAAAAAUAAUACUAGGCCUUUUAACUUGGAUUACAAUGGAACAAAUGCAAAAAACUAAAACGGUGCACAAACGGGGCAUUUAGAUUAUACCGUGUGACCGUUGUAUCAUUCACAUGAUAUACCGAUGUUAAUAUGAAGCGUAUUAGAGCAUCUCCGUGCACGGUGCACAUGUGGCAUGAGUCAUAACCACAUAAAUAUUAGCAAAUAAAUUAUCUCUCUCCUUAUUUAAAUGAUUUUAUACAAUUUUGGUAAGUUUUUCCCUGCAAUGUCAACAUUUAGACGGUCUCCUUGAUAUUGUGGAGAAAAACUUACCAAAACUAUAUAAAAUCAUUUAAAUAAGGAGAGAAAGAAUUUAUGUACUAAUAUUUAUGUGGUCAUCUCUCAUGCCACGUGUGCACCGUGCAAGUUAUAGCAUUGGAGAUGCUCUUGGUGUGCUACGGCUUUCGUUCCUCUUCCUCUAAAGGAAAGUAUAUCUUUGUAAAUCUGCAAGAAUAUUUUAUUUAUGUAAAUCUAGUUCUUUACGGUGAUUAUACAAGAGUAUUUAUUACUUUAGUAUAACCAUUGUAUAAAUAUUGACAUAUUACGUAGAUGAAUAAUAUACUACGUAGAAUAGAACACCUCAGUUUUCUACAUGGUACCAGAGCAUGCUAAAGUAAAAAUCAAGAAAUAUUAGCUGUUCAAACAAACGACCAUGACCGGUACAGGGGGAGGCUCCUUUGUAACACAACUAGAUCCAAACUCCAUCUAUUAUCUUCAUCCAUCGGAUUAUCCCCGCCAGAUGCAUGUGAAUGAUGCAUUAAAUGACAACAAUUACACAGAGUGGUAAGAAUUUCCUAUUUGCUAAGAACAAAUUCAGUUUCGUUGAUGGUUCUGAGAUCAUGCCAGACGAAAAAUCGGAAGAUCGGAUGCUUUGGAAACGAUGUGAUGCCAUGAUAAAAGGAUGGCUUACCACAGCGAUGGAGAAGGAAAUCAGGACUAGCGUUAAAUACGCAGACACAACAGAACAAAUAUGGAAGGACCUGGAGGAGAGGUUUGGCCAGGGAAGUGCGUCGCGAGCAUAUGACCUAUAGCGAGCCAUCACCCAAACAAAACAAGAGGGAGAUUCAAUUUUUGCCUAUUUUACAAAGCUUCGGGGUCUGUAGGAUGAAGUUCAGUCCAUCUCACCCAUUCCGAAGUGCAAUUGUGGCAGUGUACGUGUGAAGUUGGGAAGAAGAUGACCGAGGCAAUGGAAAAGGAGCAAUUAUACGAAUUUUUAAUGGGCCUUGAAGAAAAUUUUGGGACCAUAAGAUCUCAGAUUUUGGGUACAAGACCAACACCAAGUCUAGGAUUGUCGUACUGUAUGGUUUCUGAGGAUGAACAACAAAGAACCAAAUCAGGCAAUCAGCAGGGCGAAGAACCGCUACAGAAGCUGCGGCAUUCCAAACCUAUUCUCAAAGGCGAAGUGCGAAUAAGGAUCCAUUACCUGCCUCAAAGGGCUAUAAGCGUGGAGGACUGGAAGGAGGAGAGCACUGCACUCACUGUCAGGACACUCUUAUGAUGGUUGUUUCAAACGAAUUGGUUACCCGGAAUGGUGGCCAGCGAAAGGAGGAAAUAAAGGAGAUCGGGCUGAGACCAGACGCAAUCCAAAGGUUGCUCAAAUCAACCUAGAGUCGAGCCCCAUCCCUAUAUUAACACCAGAACAAUACGGGAGGCUUAUUGAGCACUACUCCAAGAUAGAUGACCCAAUCAUUGAGGUUGCUCCUCCCUCUGUAAACAUGACUGGUAAGAUCAAUUUAAACAAAACCUGGAUUAUUGAUACUGGGGCUACAAAGCACAUAAUUUGCGACAAAUCUAUGUUGAAUAAUGAAAGGAGGUAUGACAGGGGAGCCCCAAUGGCUAUUCCAAAUGGUGAUCUCAUUCAAGUAAAAGGGACUGGUAGCUCUACUCUGCCUAAUGGUCUAAAAAUUCAUAAUGUGUUGUACAUUCCAGAAUUUAUGAUCACAUGCGUGUUUUCAGUUGUCUUGUGUACAUACAAAAUACUAAGACAUGGGGAGAUAAGUUUGAAGAAAGAGGAAAGCCGUGUGUGUUCCUUGGUUAUCCACACGGACAAAAAGGUUAUCGAGUUUAUGAUUUGAUAGAAGAGAAUAUUCUCACCACUCGAGAUGUAACAUUUGUGGAGAGCAUAUUUCCUUUCAAGACGACAGACUUGGCUAAACCCGUCAACACCUGGGAAGAUGAAAGGAUAGUUGAUGUUGAUCUGCCAGAACAAAGGGAAGACAUGAGAGAUCCCGGUCAUGAUACCCCAGAUACAUUCAAUAAUGAACUCAAUUCACUUAAAGUGGUUCCAAAUUCUCAAGAAGAGGGAAUUGAUUCUGGCUAGCAGAUGCGUAAGGGAGGGUGGAAAGAACCAAGGUCAUGCCAAAGCGGUUCGGUGACUAUGUAACUGUAAGGAAUAAAUGUAAUUAGAUUUUGAUGAUGCUAUAGGAUUAGAAAGUUAGAGUACCCCCAAGUUAGAUUUUAUGUAUUAGAUUUUUUAAUUGUAAGUAUUAGUGUAGUCGACGAUCAGAGUUGCUCUAUUUUGGAUCAGAUCAGAAGUGCAUCAGAACUGCUCGACCAGACUUCCUCUAUGAGAACUGCUCCAUCAGAGUUCUCUUACCAGAAGUCCAUCAGAGUUGCAUCAUGAGAGUUGCUGAUAAGCCUGGACAUCUGAUAGCCUAUGAGAACUACAGAUCAGAAGCACUCAUCAGC